AUGAGGAAGGUUAUGGACGAGAUGAGGGAAAACAUGAAAAGAAUGAAUCCCGUAGAGGAUCUAGUUCACCGUAUAGAUUCCCCUUUCACAGCUUCCAUCAAUGGUCACCCCUUGCCUCCAAAAUUUAAGAUGCCUUUUUUGGAUUCGUACGAUGGAGCACGUGACCCGUUUGAUCACAUUGCUACUUUUAAGACUACAAUGCACCUUCAGGGGGUCCCCGACAAAAUUAUGUGUAGAGCCUUCCCUACCACCCUCAAAGGUCCAGCACGAGUAUGGUUCAGUAAAAUACCCUCGAAUUCGGUAAGUUCUUUCGAAGAGUUAAGUAAGUUGUUUGUUAAUAACUUCAUUGGGGGACAGAGACACAAGUGUUCUUCGUCCAGCCUGUUAACCAUAGAACAGGGGGAGAAUGAAAGCCUGCGAUCCUUUAUCACUCGUUUUAACAGGGAAGCUUCGAUGGUGGAUGAUAAGUUAUUACUGGUGGCCUUUCACAAUAGGGUUAACUCUGAUUUAUUCAUCCACAAGCUUUAUGAGAAGGAACCCCAAUUCAUGGCUGAACUCGUCCAUUCAGCCCAGAACUUUAUGAAUGUAGAAGACGCGAUCAUAGCCAAGAAAAGGAAGAGAGCUGAAAGAAUGGAUGCAAACAACACACGUCACACUGAGCAAGUCCCUCAUCCAAAAAAGGGACGGACAGAAGAUAAAAAGGACCGAGAUGGUAAGAGGGUUGGUCCUUCAGCAUGA